AUCACUAAUCACUCUACUCUCAUUCAUUGGUUGCGCAUUUCAUUACUCAUAUUUCAAUUGAAGGAAUUGCAAAGGAAAAUGAUGGCUAGAGUAGACCGACUCAGUGAUUUGCCAGAGUCCAUUCUAAUUCACAUACUCUCUAUGUUACCCCACGCAAAACAAGUUGUCCGCGCCAGCACAUUAUCUAAACGAUAUCGUUUUCUUUGGAAAUCCGUCCCACUAUCACUCUAUUUCUCCUUCACCAAAAAUAAUCCUAACAAAAAGAAAAUUCUCGCUUACGUGGCUUCCAUCAAUAGAGAGCUUCAUCAUUGGAGGUCUUGCGACAAAAUCAAAUCAUUUAAAAUCUUUCCCUUUACAUACAAAGAGUAUCUUACUGAACACGUGGAUUUUUGGAUAUAUUUUGCUACUAACAUUGCUAAUGUUGAACAGUUUACACUUAAAUUUUACUGUUUUAGUUUUCCUGGUUAUGCGUAUAUGUUACCUGAGUUUGCGUAUAGGAAUAAUAGGUCGUUGAGGAAUUUGGUUUUGGGAAACUGUGAGUUAGACCCUACUGGUAGUGUUAAUUGGACUAGUCUUGUUACUCUUGAAAUUGGUGACGUGACAUUGAGGGAAGGUGUUAUGGAAAAAGUAUUAUUAGGUUGUCCUAACUUGGAGUGCUUGGUAUUAAAUAAUGUUGGUGGUUUUCGUCGUUUGGAAAUCAGCUCUGUGAAGCUGAGAAAACUGAUCAUAACUUACGAAACAGAAGUUGCUGGGAAAAUCUAUUGUCUCGAAAUAUUUGCUCCGUAUAUUCGAUAUUUGAAACUUUUGGGGUUGUGCUGCGCUGACACAUACUUUCAGUUGAGAAAUGUGGCUUCACUUGUUACUGCGGUCCUUUCUUUGGAUGAUUUUUCUGAAGUUGAAGAUAGAAAAGAUAAAUUGGACAAGGAUUGUAGAUAUUUCCAGGAACUUCUUCACAGCACUAUGCAUGUCAAGGAUCUUGAAUUGGAUCCCUGGUGCAUCGAGUGCCUGUCCAUACUGGAGUUGAAAGGGUGGUUGUUUCCAUCAUCAAGCUGGAAAUUCUUAAAACUUAACACAGCCUUAGUAGCAUUGGACUUCCCGGGAAUUUGCAGAUUUCUACAGAGUUCACCGGAUCUUGAGACAUUGGUCAUUGACUGGAAUAAUCACACACCAAGAGACCUGUUGUCAAGAUACACUAACGAGGAUGAACAGAGCAAGAGGUUCAAGACACAUAAUUUUAACUGCUCUUUGCUACAUCUGAAGACCAUCAAGGUCAUUAACUUUGAUGGACCACGAAGUGGAAACAAGUCUGUAGUGCCAUUGGUGAAAUAUUUGCUCAAGAAUGCAACAGUGCUAGAAAAGUUCAUCAUUUCUGCCAAGUUUGAAGGGUGUGAUGUGUCUCAAGAUUAUGUUAAAAUGGCGCAGGAGUUUCAAAGCUUUCCCAGAUCCUCUCCGCACGCUUCGGUUGUCUUUUUUUAUUGAUAGUCUUUGACCCCUAUCUUUUAUACUUAACCACUGGUGCUUUAUGUUUGAAACUGGUUUUAGUUGAUAGACAUGGCUAGAAUUGUACUUGUGAGUAGUUCUUAAUGUCUAAGUAACAAUGUUUAUAUUCUCUGAUCAUGAUAUAAGAAAGCUUGCUCUAAA